UUUCUGAGCUUUCAAUAUUCUCUGCCUUGAAAACAUUGGAUCUUUCAGAAAAUCAAUUAAAUGGAAAAAUUCCAGAGAGUACCAAAUUGCCAUCUCUGUUAGAGUCUUUGUCAAUUGGAUCAAACUCUUUAGAAGGUGGAAUUCCCAAAUCAUUUGGGGAUGCAUGUGCUUUGCGCUCAUUGGACAUGUCUAAUAAUAGCUUGAGUGAAGAGUUUCCAAUGAUAAUCCAUCACUUGUCUGGAUGUGCUAGAUAUUCAUUGCAACAAUUAUCUCUAAGCAUGAAUCAAAUCAACGGCACACUACCCGACCUCUCAAUAUUCUCAUCUUUAAGAGAAUUAAAUCUUGAUGGAAACAAGCUAUAUGGAUAGAUUCCUAAAGAUUAUAAAUUUCCACCUCAACUGGAGAGACUAGAUAUGCGAUCAAAUUUCUUAAAGGGUCUGCUCACUGACUAUCAUUUCGCUAAUAUGUCAAAAUUAGACAUAUUGGAGUUAUCUGACAACUCUUUAGUGACCUUGGCAUUUAGCCAAAAUUGGGUCCCACCAUUUCAGUUGAGCCACAUAGGAUUGCGAUCUUGCAAGCUAGGUCCAGUAUUUCCCAAAUGGUUGGAGACACAAAAUCAAUUUCUGAAUAUUGACAUUUCAAAUGCUGGAAUAGCAGAUAUGGUUCCAAAGAGGUUUUGGGCUAAUUUAGCAUUCCAAGAAUUUAUUUCAAUGAAUAUUUCAUACAAUAAUCUCCAUGGUAUAAUUCCAAAUUUUCCAAUAAGGAAUAUUCAAGAUUCCCUAAUUCUUGGAUCAAAUCAAUUUGACGGCCAUAUUCCACUAUUUCUGCGAGGUUCCCUGUUUCUUGAUUUAUCCAAAAAUCAAUUCUCAGAUUCUCUUUCAUUUUUAUGUGCUAAUGGUACAGUUGAAACUUUGUACAAAUUAGACCUUUCAAAUAAUCAUUUCUCUGGAAAAAUUCCUGACUGUUGGAGCCAUUUCAAGUCAUUAACUUAUUUGGAUUUAAGUCACAAUAAUUUUUCAGGAAGGAUACCCACAUCCAUGGGAUCUCUUCUUCAUCUUCAAGCAUUGCUAUUGAGAAACAACAACUUAAUCGAUGAGAUACCUUUCUCCUUGAGGAGUUGCACAAAUCUAGUAAUGCUAGAUAUUGCAGAAAACAGAUUAUCAGGGCUUAUCCCUGCUUGGAUUGGGAGCAAAUUACAAGAGUUGCAAUUUUUAAGUUUGGGAAGAAAUAAUUUCCAUGGAAGUUUACCAUUGCAAAUUUGCUACCUAAGUGACAUUCAACUCUUGGAUGUCUCACUAAACAGCAUGUCUGGGCAAAUUCCUAAAUGCAUAAAAAAUUUUACUUCAAUGACUCAAAAGACAUCUUCACAAGGUCAUUCAUAUUAUGUCAACACCAAUGGCUUGGUUGGUAAUCUAACAUAUGAUUUGAAUGCAUUCUUGAUGUGGAAAGGUUCAGAACAAAUGUUCAAAAAUAAUGGGUUACUACUUCUAAAAAGCAUUGAUCUCUCAAGCAAUCACUUUUCUGGAGAAAUUCCACUGGAAAUAGAGAAUUUAUUUGGAUUGGUUUCAUUGAAUUUAUCAAGAAACCAUUUGACCGGAAAAAUUCCUUCAAAUAUUGGAAAGUUAACCUCGCUUGACUUUCUUGAUUUGUCAAGAAACCAUCUAGUUGGUUCAAUUCCAUGGAGUCUUACUCAAAUUGAUCGACUCGGCGUGUUAGAUUUGUCACAUAACAAUCUAUCUGGAGAAAUUCCAACUGGUACACAAUUACAGGGUUUCAAUGCCUCAUGUUAUGAAGAUAAUCUUGAUCUUUGUGGACCGCCACUAGAGAAAUUGUGUAUUGAUGGGAAGCCUGCACAGGAACCAAUUGUUAAACUUCCUGAAGAUGAAAAAUUGCUCUUCACCCGUGAAUUUUACAUGAGCAUGGCAAUUGGAUUUGUUAUAAGCUUCUGGGGCGUCUUUGGCUCAAUCUUAAUAAAGCGUUCUUGGAGACAUGCUUAUUUCAAGUUCAUAAGCAAUUUAUCAGACGCUAUUUAUGUCAUGGUAGCAGUGAAAGUUUUCAAGUGGCGUCACAGAGGAUAGCUGAAAAAUUCUGAAUUCUAGGUGCCAGCUUGUGGAGGUGGAAAAUGCAAAGAGAUACUUUUGGAGUUGAGAAGGCAUCUCUCGCAGUUGGAUUUGGAGACCGAGAGAGAAUUAAGGAAGGCUUCUAGAGCUUGAGGGAGCCAAUUGUGAUUGUGAUCUAGUUUAUUUUCCUUUUUAAUUUCUAAGCAUUUUGUUUGUACUUUAGCCCUUAAAUCUGAACUGGUUGUUUUGUAUGAAGUUGAUGAAUCUUCACAAUAAUGAGAAUUGAGAUGAUUGAAGUGCUCA